AUGCAGCAUCGUGAUGCUGCUGCUGCUCAUCUUCAACAACAACGAUAUGGCUGCCUGGAUGAUCCGUUACCAUUGUUUUCAGGACGGCUGCUGUGGAAUGGCAUUCCUUUUGCAAGAGAAUUGGGGUUUCCAUUGAAGUAUUUUCCUUUUCGAUUGCAGAGAGAAAAAUUGAUGAAGAUGUCAAUGCAUCAUUCGAAAGCCCCGACAAAGACAGGUUGGCUUCAACCACACUGCUGCCCUGAUAUUGGGGCCUUGGCUGCUGCAACGCUUCUUCUCGUUUCCCAUCGGCGUAAAGGAAGAUGCUCCUAG